AUGGCGCACGCGACGCUCCUCCGCUCUACGCGGACGAUCGUCCGUCCCCCCAUCUGGCGCCCGCACCGAUAUGCUCACUCAAGCCAAUUUCAACCCUUCGUGCCGCCAUCCCCAAUCUCACUAGGCAAACCCACAGAAGCAAAGACAUAUAAACGGACUCUCAAAUGGCUGCGCCGAAUUGUCUACGUCUCGCUAGCAACGGGCGUCGUCUACGGCAUUGACAGCCAGUUCUACGCAUCAUCGCUGACCCGAACUGCCCGCACCUUCUCUCUCGGUCUGUUCGUGGCCCUGGACUACAAAAUCAAUUUCCGCCCACAACCGCCACUGGCUAGCUCUAUUGCCGCUGUGCACGCUCGUAAUGCGGAGCGAUUGUCGGACCUGCUCAGACACAAUGGCGGACUUUAUCUGAAGAUGGGACAGGCGAUUGCGAUGCAAUCUGCCAUUCUACCAGCUGAGUUUCAGCAAAUGUUUUCGCGUAUGUUUGAUGAUGCACCGCAGAAUAGCUGGAAGGAUAUUGAGAAGGUCAUUCGUGAGGACUUUGGGAAGUCGCCCGAGGAGGUAUUCGGUGUCUCGUUUACGGGCGACCCCGAGAAGGGUGUGAUGGAACGUAGAGCCCGAGCCAGUGCUAGUGUUGCUCAGGUUCACUGGGCUCGUUUGCCGGAUGGCAGAGAGCUCGCGAUCAAGAUUCAAAAGCGGGAGAUUGCCCAGCAAUUGGCUUGGGAUCUCUGGGCCUUCAAAGUUGUGACCUAUAUCUACAGCAAGAUAUUCGACAUUCCUUUCUACAGUCUUGUUCCCUAUAUCAGUGAAAGACUAUCGCUCGAAACAGACUUUAUCAAUGAAGCAGACAACUCGGAAAACAUGGCCAACCUAGUGGCUGGUGAACCUCGUCUGCGAAAUCGUGUAUAUAUCCCCCGGGUAUACCGCGAAUUGAGCUCGAAGCGCGUCAUGACUGCCGAAUGGGUCGAGGGCGUACGGCUCUGGGACAAGGAUUCCAUCACGCGACCCUGGCGCGGCGGCUACGGCCAGGGAAGCCCAGGCUGCCAUGGGACACCACUUGAUCAGCCCAAUGGACCACCCACAAGCCGAAACCCGCGCGCGUCAAAGAUCAAGUCAGAGCGUGACUAUUGGCGAGGCUACAAAAACCGCGGCGGACUAGGCUUGUCCCUCAAGGAUGUGAUGACGACUAUGGUAGACUUGUUCUCUGCACAGAUGUUCCUGUGGGGAUAUGUCCACUGCGAUCCUCACCCAGGAAACAUCUUCAUCCGUCGCAAGCCAUCCGGGGAGCCGGAACUGGUUCUGAUCGAUCACGGUUUGUACAUCCACAUGGAACCCGGAUUUCGACACCAAUACGCAUGCUUCUGGAAAGCUCUCCUCACCUUCGACAAUCGCACGCUGGGCGAGAUUGUUAACAGCUGGGGCGUCAACAAUCCAGACAUCUUCGCAUCAGCGACGCUGAUGCGCCCGUACAGUGGCGGUGACAUGUCUACCCAGCGCGGGAUCGAAGGAUUGAGCAAGUCCGAGCGUGCAGAGAGACACUAUGAGAUGCAACAGGCAGCGCGCAAAGCAAUCCGCGAUAUCCUCGGCGAUGAAACCAAAUGGCCUCAGGAGUUGAUCUUCAUCGGCCGCAAUUUGCGCAUCGUUCAAGCAAACAACCAAUUCCUGGGCUCACCGGUGAACCGAGUUAAGAUCACCGGCAUCUGGGCCUCGCGUGCUCUCAUCGAAUCCCCGGAUCUGCCGCUGGCCGAGAAGAUCCGUAAUAUAGGUCGCCACUUUGUCUUCCGCAUGGUGCUAUUUACUACCGAUAUCUGGUUCUACUUCACCAAAGUGCGUCAGUUCUUACAUCUGGGCGGUGGCAUGGAGGAUGAUCUCGAGGCCCAGAUGCAGAGCAUGGCGAAGGACAUGGGAGUUGAGCUUAACCAGAACGUCUUCGAGGGAUAG